CGUUGAACUAUAUAAAACAUUUUCGCGGCGGAAUCGCUCUUUGUAAUAAUGUCGGCUGAAUAUGAAGAUAGACCCAGAGACAAUGGCCCAGAGGGCAUGGAGCCAGAUGGGGUCAUUGAGAGCAACUGGAACGAGAUCGUGGACAGCUUUGAUGAGAUGAACCUGCGAGAGACCCUGCUGAGAGGGAUCUACGCCUAUGGUUUUGAGAAGCCCUCCGCCAUUCAGCAGCGGGCCAUUCUCCCUUGUAUCAAGGGUUAUGAUGUGAUUGCACAGGCCCAGUCGGGCACGGGGAAGACGGCCACUUUUGCCAUCUCGAUCUUGCAGCAGAUCGAAAUCGAGCUGAAGGCCACCCAGGCUUUGGUCCUGGCACCCACCAGAGAGCUGGCUCAGCAGAUCCAGAAGGUGAUCUUGGCCCUUGGUGACUACAUGGGUGCGUCAUGCCAUGCCUGCAUCGGGGGCACCAACGUGCGCAGUGAGGUGCAGAAGCUCCAGGCUGAAGCUCCCCAUAUAGUUGUAGGGACCCCAGGUCGAGUCUUCGACAUGCUCAACCGCAAGUUUCUCUCGGCCAAGUAUAUCAAGAUGUUUGUGCUGGAUGAGGCCGACGAGAUGUUGAGCAGAGGGUUCAAGGACCAGAUCUAUGAAAUUUUCCAGAAGCUGGCCAGCAAUACACAGGUGGUUCUCCUCUCUGCCACCAUGCCAAGGGAUGUGCUGGAGGUCACCAAGAAAUUCAUGCGUGACCCCAUCCGCAUCCUGGUCAAGAAGGAGGAGCUGACCCUGGAGGGUAUCAGGCAAUUCUACAUCAAUGUGGAGAAAGAGGAGUGGAAGCUGGACACUCUGUGUGACCUGUAUGAGACCCUGACCAUCACCCAGGCCGUCAUCUUCAUCAACACCCGCCGGAAAGUGGACUGGCUGACAGAGAAGAUGCACGCCCGGGACUUCACUGUCUCUGCCCUGCACGGGGACAUGGACCAGAAGGAGAGAGAUCUGAUCAUGAGGGAGUUCCGCUCAGGUUCCAGUCGAGUUCUGAUCACCACUGACCUGCUGGCUAGAGGCAUUGAUGUACAGCAGGUGUCUCUGGUCAUCAACUACGACUUGCCCACAAACCGGGAGAACUACAUUCAUAGGAUCGGCCGAGGGGGCCGUUUCGGCAGAAAGGGGGUUGCUAUCAACAUGGUGACUGAGGAUGACAAGCGCACACUCCGAGACAUCGAGACCUUCUACAACACCACUGUGGAGGAGAUGCCUAUGAAUGUGGCUGACCUAAUCUAGAGAUCCCAACCCAUUUCUUUUUUUUUUUUUUUCCUUCACUCAGUCUUGAGGAGGAUCCCUCUCCAGGUCCUGUAGCCACCCUGUCCUUUCUUACACCCCUCUCCCUAAAUAUGUGCUCUUAAAGAAGGGGAACCCACAGUUUACCCCUUUGUCUCUCCCAGCCCCUUCCCAGGGUGGAGGCAGUAGCCCACAGUUUCCAGCCCCAUCGCAACAGCCAUCCAAUGAAAUGGAAUUAUUUAAAAGACUCUGAACUCAGCCACCCCCAUUUCCUUUCUUGGUAUACCAGCACAUGGCCCAACCCCUGGUUCUGUUAGCUUUUCAAAACUGGUUUCUGUUCUCUCUGAAACCAUUACACUGAGCUUGUGGUAGGGGGGAGGUGGUGGGGUAGGGAUUUGUGGUGUUGAUUCCCUCUUAACCGCCACAAGCAACAUGGUUAAAAUCCUGCAUAGUUUUCCUGUGGGUGUUGAAGCUGGGUUAGUGGAGGUCCUAGCAGUUUUUUUUUUUUUCUCCCUUUGUUUACUUCCCCCCUUCAAGCUGAAAUGGACCUUUUCACACCUGCAGUUUUAAACAAAUAGUUCCAACUGAAACAAGGAAUUUGUAAAUUGACAUGAGGGAAAUGUCCCUUAAAAAUUGACGUUUGAAAUUCAGGAUUAAUUUAUGCUGAAAGGGUGCCAGAUAGAAUGUCAUCUCCCAUUGCCACGUUUUAGGUAUGUUGUGUAGGUUUUUGUGUGUAGUGGGAAUGUCAGGAGUAUCACAUUGGAUAUGUGAGCAAAGACUUGGACUCAAAAGAACCUCACAGAGACUUUAAAGCAUGGUUAACAUUCCCAAGUAAAUCCAGUUGGGUUAAGUUCACCUUUUUUAGAAAAUACUUUAAUCUUACAGAUUUUGGGGGUGGGGUGGGCAGCAACCUCAAUAAAAUUUACAAAAUGAAAAAAAUCAUGAAUCGGUUUGAUAUAAUUUUCUCCCCACUUUUCUGCUGUCAGAUUGUAUCAGUUGUCCUUUCCCUCCCCAUCUGUCUUUGAUCCAGUGUUGAGCUUGACUUCGGUAAGGUUACUGGGAGGGAGGGGAGGGGCCAUAAGCAUUAAAAGGAGAGGGAAUGGGGCCAAUCACUGAGUACAAUUUUAAACUAGGCCGUUAAAUGUGACUGAAUCUUUGUUCAGAAUUGACGUAGGUUUCUUCAUUCUGGUCUUUUCGAUGCAGAUGUGUUCAGAAUAGCAAAUGAAAUGGGGUGUGUUGCUAAUAACCUACCUCACCAAAUAUGUUGGAGGGGUCUAAUGUGAGGACCAAACUGAAAAUGAUUGAGUAUUUAGAGAUUAUAACAUGUUAAGUGUUUAAAAAAUUGCCUGGCUAUUUUGGGGAGGUUGGGCGUGGGGGUGUGUGGGAGGGAUGUCAGUGC